CGAAACUGUUCCCAUCCCACCCACCUCUAGCGGUGGCCUUCACCCGAACGCGCGCUCGCUUUUCCGCUUGCUGAUAGGCUUUUUUUUUUUUUUUUACAGCCCUUCUAAAUUUGCAUAAAUCGACGUUCCGGUAGAUCGACUACAUCCGCUCGAAAGGGCGAGAUUGCGAAGUCGUUGCCACAGAAACCAGACGUCAACAAAACUUGCCGAAAGAGGAGCGCGGGAAGCGAAGGGGGAGACUAUUAUUUAAGUCUAUAUAGUCCCGGUCCCCAAUUGCAGGUUAUUUUAAUUUGCAAACGGUCAGUCCGAAAGGAUUGCCUGCGAAGGAAAUCACCGACAAACUCCCCCCCCGUCUUGAAUUUCUAGGGCUCCUAACUCUGAACUUCUGCGGGUUAUCUCAUAAGCAAGGAAAUCUCCCCCCCCCCAACUCGAUCGAUUUAGGAUUAUCUUUGUCACAGAAUCCAGGGGAAUCACCAGAUCGUUAGUUUCCAUCUCUAGCUCCGAACAGCCGGUCACAAGUUUCUAAACGUUUCUGCAGCCUGUUCCAGGUGCAACGAUGCAUAAGGUGGACAUUCAGGCCGACCUGAGAGAGGCGGCUGCCAUUGAAGCCCGCCGGACCCGGGAGAAGCAGAGACAGAGCCGCAUCUUCAAUGCUCGCUACCGUACAAUGGGGGUGGACAUAGAAGGCUUGAAGAGGCAAGUGGAAGAGCGCAAACUGAGAGAGAAUAUAGAGAAGCGACAAGAGGAAGCCUUUGAUGCAGACAGGGUGCAGUGUGACAAGAUUGCCCAGAUGUUGGCGGAAGAAGAGCACCAGCAGAAGAAACAUUUAUGCCAGGAUCUGGUGGAGUUCCAUGAGCGGGAGCAGCAGCCUUCUAUGCGGCGGGAGUGGGAUAUCCAUGACCCUGAGGCGGUACGCAAAGGGCAGCCGGCCCGUGUGAGUGAUGACGACCCAUGCUGUGGCCCUUCUAGCAUGCAGUCCUUUUCUGGUGAGGAUCUGAAUGCAACCGCCCGCCAAAAACUGCAGAAGGAGCAGAACAAGCAUGCGCUGGAGAAGCAGAGAAAUGAGCAGAAUAAGAAACUUGCUGAUCAAAAAUACGCAGAUAAUCUGGACGACAAAAAAAGGAUAGAGCUGGAUUUGCGAGCCCAGGAGCUGGCACAAUUAGAGGAAGAAUGUCGGAGGGCUAAAGCCGUGGCAGUCGCAGACUUUAAUCGAGCGCAGGCGGCAGAGGUUGCAGAGCAGCAACGUCUGUCCCAGCAGCGUGAUCAGGAUGAUAACUAUGCUGAGAUCCACAACCAUCUGACUGGCAAUCUCCUGUUGGAGGACCCUAGCGUUGCUAAAAGCUUGCUGGGGUCAAACCGUGUGAUUACUGACCGCUGGAAGGGGAUGAGCCCUGAGCAGCUGCAGGCGGUGUGGCAAAUGCAGAAAGAACAGUGCCGAGAAAACCAGAGACUUCGGCAACAGGAAAGCCAACGGGAGGCUGAGUGGGACAGACAGAGGGAGCUGGCAGCUCGUGCGGCCAUGCAGAUGGAGGAGCAGGAGCAAAACUUCCGUGCGCAGCUGGAGAAGAGCCUGGACAAUUACAACCAGGAAUUGGCGGAUGCACAGAAAUCCAACUUGCGGUAUCUGGAGAAAGAAGUCUACACCAAUGCACCUACAGCCCACUAUUAUUCGCAGUUUAACACUAGCAGCCGCUGAUGGAAGAUGCAGCUGGCAACAGUUUUGGUAUGCAAAAUAAAGUUCAUUUUCUUAUGGAAAAAGGACAUCUCAACUGGCUGUAGAAGAGCGAUACCAGCCUGGGCCUGAAAUGCACCCUGAACCUGUUUAAAUAUGAUCAUGUAGAGCAGGGAUGUCAAACUGCCGGCCUACGAGCCGGACGCAUCAUGCGGAAGCCAUGCCCCACCCCUUUGCCAGCAACGGCAAAAUAGUCCCGAUACAUCGUGUGACAUCACGAGUUUGACUUGUCUGAUGUAGAGCUUUGAAAUUGAGGGAGGAGUACUUUCAGGAUCAGAUGUUUGGUACAUAAAACAUUACACAAAACCUGUAUGGAUAUAUACCAUAUUCAGAGAAUCAAAAUGUUGAGUAUUUAUUGUCUAAUGAUUUCAUUCAUAAUAGUUUGAAAGUCAUCUCCUUGACAAACAAGAGCCAUUGUACGAUCAAAGCUAACUAUAAUUCCACAGGGUUCACUUCUUGAUCUCACGUGGGGGACUCCCAAGUUAAGUACUUAAGUUUACAUUUAUCUGCAUUUGCAACAAACUAAAAUAACAGAUGUGCGGUGACAAUAUUAUCCUGUCAAUGCUGCAGUUGUACACUUACAUAUCAGCUUGCAGGAUACAAGUUGUAGUAUUUGUAUUGUGAUGCAUGUUUUGUCAUCCAGGUUUGUGCUUAUAGUACAGGUAGUCCUUGUUUAGCGUUCACAUUUGGGACUGGCAGCUCUGUCCUUAAGCAAAGCAGUCCCUAAGUGGAAAAUCGCAUAUGGGAAAUUAUGCCUUCCUUUUUCCCCUCUGGCCAUUUCUCCCGGUGUUGGGAUAAUUAGCAAGGAAGGAAUUAAUCUGGAGAAGAGAUUACAAGAGAAUAAGCAGGCACACAAUAAAGACUACAAAUUGAAACGAAUGUGGUGAUGCUAGCAGUCACAAGUACACUAUGCAAAGCACCUGGUGUAUUCUCUAUUGUAUGCCUGCUUACUCUCUUGUAGUCCCUUCCUCUCCAAUCUCUCUACUCUGCAAUGGGGGAGAAAAAGAACAGGCAUCGGACAAUGUUUACUCACUGCAACGGCAAUCAGAUGAUUGGGGGAAUGCUACAAAAAUUAUAAAUGCAGGCAUUAUUUGUAGUUAUUUUUUUCAGCACUAUCAUAAUUGCAAACAGUCAUUGAACAAGGCACUAUCAGUAUAUGAAAAUAAGAUAAUCCCUAGAACCAAGCAAGUCACUGUGCUCCAGAGAAGCCACCAUUCACUUUUUUCAAAGAGAAAAGCAAUAGAACCUAAUGGGAAACUCCCAGAUCAGAUCUGAAUUUUAUUGCAAAAGAGACUUUACUGAACCAAGACUGGAAUCUUCCUGCCACACUCAUGUUUUGGAACUUCCUUUCCAACUGCUAUUCUUUCUUCUCUUUCUCCCCCCCCCCCACUUUUCAGGUUUCUUUUGCAUUUGGUUAUCUUGAGACAUUUUAUACUCACUCUUCUUUAUGAGGGAAAUGAAAAUUACAUGAGCAGAAUUACAGAUGAGGAAAGUCACUAGACCAAAAAGCUAUGUAUUCAUAUAGUUCAAUAAACCAGAGGUGUAUAAUA